AUGGCAGAACGUCAACCACUGCUCGCAUCGGCAGGUGUGUCUUCUCGGCCUCCUGCUCCCAAGACCAAAGGAGUUCAUCCGGUCUGGUCACCAUCCGGGAAGAAAUGGCUAAAAAAACCCACAGCAAGAGCACGACCUGGACGUAAUUUCGACGACGGGCCCGUCUCGCGCAAGAGGGGUGACAGUAGCUCUGAAGAUGAAGACAAUGACUGUCAUUACUUGGAUACGGGAAUUACAGGAAAUGUAGGGGAGAAAAUCAGACAGCCUUCGGCGCGGGAGCGCUGGGCAUACUAUCUGGACUAUACAACCCUGGGCCGAUGGUGGCAUGUUCUCGAUGCCGCGUUGAAUGUUGCAUUCGUUCUGCUCUUUGUGUACAUGACAACCUAUAUCAUUGCUCCAAAGCGAGGUAACCCAAAUCUUCCUCCACAGCGACCAGCACCCCCGCCCGAUGGUCUCUUUGUUGCAGACUUGGUGCUUGCUUGUGCGAUACUGACCCAAUGGCUACCGAGGGUUUAUUUAUCUUUGGAUCCAAUGGCAGACUUGGUCUCAUGGUUCUCUCUGGUGUCCUUUUUGGCGACGUUGCCGGUUAUAUGGGCGUUCGUUCAAAAGGACGACGCGAAGUCAGAUUACCUUGAUGCAAGUCAGGUUCUUGCGUUCCUCUACCCCUUACGAUUCUGGCGAAUGCAUUUAUCCAUUAUGAUGGUCUUUACGCCAAGCAAAAACGUCGCCUUCAAUUUCUCCCCGAUCACGCAGAAAGCCGUGAGAUUGGGUCUCUCCAUUUUCAAUACUUUAAUCACUGUGACUGCUUGGGUUCAUAUUUGUUUGUACAUAAUUCAGAAAUAUUAUGAUCUUAGUUUUUUUGAUGUGUUUUAUACAAUCGCUGUCUCUUCAACGUCCGGGUUGAGCACUCAGAUCAUACCAGACAAUCCAUUUAGUCGCAUUGUCAUCAUGUACGUGAUGAUAGUGGGGGCGAUAUUUAUUCCCACAAAUCUUGCCGACCUUCUAGCAUUGAUUCGUAAUAAAUCGAAAUACGACCGUUCAUACAAGUCCACCAACCGCUCACAUGUCCUAAUUGCGGGUAAUUUUGAGAUCACAUCAUUACGCGACUUCCUGUGGGAAUUCUUUUGCGAGGAUCAUGGAGCAGCCACGAUGACGACGCAGGUUGUGCUUUUAAAUCCCUACGAACCCAGCGAAGAAUUGGAGGCCUUACUCGCCGAUCCCCUCUACUUGAGUAGGGUUCGGUAUGUAAAAGGGAGUCCGAUGUCUUUCAGGUCUUUAGAAAAGGCACAGGCUUCCACUGCGAAAGCAUGCUUUGUACUUGCUUCACGGUUGUCGGAUAAGCCCGCCGUUGAGGACGAUGCCGAGACAGUAAUGACCGCCCUUGCCAUCAAAAAAUUCCAUAAAAAGGCCAACAUUUUUGCGCAAGUCAUAUUGCCCGGUAACAAAACCCACUUUCAGAUUUUAGCGGAUCACAUACUGUGCAUUGAUGAGUUCAAACUUGGAAUGCUAGCACAGAGUUGUUUGGCACCGGGAUUCUCCACACUCCUCUACCUCCUUACCACAUCCAUCCCAGACGCCGUGAAGAAAGCGCUGAAAAGCAAGAAGCGGUUGGCUGCCUGGGUCGAUGAGUUUGCGGAUGGGGCAGAAAUGGAGAUUUACGCGGUGACUCUUUCUUCAGCCUUCGCUGGAAUGAGCUUCCCUGAGGUUGCUGAAAGAGUCUAUAUGGUCCACUUUGCUGUCUUGUUUGCUGUCGGGUUUAAGACAGAUGACUCUGAACCGUGGAUUGUGAUGAAUCCCCAAGACUAUAUCAUCAAGGGCGGAGAAACUGCGUACAUCAUUACCACUCAAAGUGCAGUCGCCGAAACCAUUGCUACUCAAGGUGUGGUGCUAAACGACGUACCCGAUACACCGGUAGGAUCUUUGUGGAAUGGUGUUGGUACAAGCUGGAGCAAGGAAGCGACUGUGGAUAUGGGAAUAUCACAAAUGGAUGGCGAUCAGGAACAAGGAGCAUCAUUUUACGAUGAUCGAACUGAAAACCCAUCACGAUCUCCGCCAGUCAAAUCUUUCUCGUCAGGGUCUUUAUCGGCGUCUGCGAAGGAUGAUUUGAUCAGUUUCGGGCAAAAGGCCCGACCGACUGCUAGCGUUGAACAAGAACCGCCAUCGGCCGCGUCAAUUCUAAGCAGUGCGCUACCACGCGGAAAAUUUAAGGAAUCCGAUGUUGCGCCGACAGAACCCACCACAGUCUCGGUCCCGGAUAGUGUCGUGGAUCAUGUGCUAAUAUGCAGUUUGAGUCCUACUUUCCCUCAAAAUCUGGCAUUUUUCAUCGCCCCUUUCCGUCACAAGGAUCUACGGCCUAUUGUGAUCCUCUGCGCCGAGGAGCCUGCUGCCGAUCAAUGGAUAAAAUUGGCUGCUUUCACGGAGGUCUAUUAUAUUGUUGGCACACCGCUGCUAAGAAAGGAUUUGCAGAGGGCUAAAGUGGAGAAAGCUUGGCGGGCCGUCAUCAUGGCUAAUCCUCAACAACCAAAUGUGGCAGACCGUGCGGCUGAUGCCCAAGCCCUCUUGUCCGUUUUGAAUGUGCAGGCAAUGACAUCGGUCGUAGAUGAAAGGCACAUUUUCACAAUGGUAGAAUUCAUCCAUGCAGAAAAUGCCAAGUUCAUCGGUCAUGGGGAGAAAUAUUAUAACGAUGGUGUACAUGGGCACAACCUGAUGCCGUGCUUUGUAGCCGGCCACGUUUUCUUCAACGCCAUGUUUUCCUCUCUAUUGUGCCAGACAUAUUAUAACCCCCAUCUUCUCCAUGUUCUCAAGCAUUUCAUCUUCAACGGAACCCAUACACCACCACAACAUACUACCACUGCGGAAGCCCACCCUACCACCUUGUUUCGUUCCGAUAGCGCACCAUCGUGGUUCAAUUACCUUGCCCAUGUUAGGGCGCCUCAACCCUCACAUCCAGAAAACGAUCCCGAUGACAAAUCACAAGUCCACGGCAAUCUGUUUCAGAUAUCGCUCCCAAGCGAUGGCCGCUUCACGGGUGUGAGCUACGGUGCCUUGUUCAGGUCUCUGCUCCGAAAUCAUCGAACGUUGGCAUUGGGAUUGUACAGGAGGACGGUGGAGCGCAACAACCUGGUAAAAUAUGUGGUUGUGAAUCCCAGGCCAUCGUUGCGAGUUCGAGAGGACGAUCUGGUGUAUGUUUUUGCGGAGAAGAUUCCCAUCUGGUGAUAAGGCACUCUUCAAUGUAGAUAAAGGGGAACCGAUUUUAGAUAGAUUAGGCAGAACUAGUAGAUUUUCAUUUUUUAUUCUGUACAGAUGAACUUCGUUCAUUGGUUGUCCAUAGACUUAACACAUCACGACUCUCCAUACAACUAGAGAGAUAUCGUCAUUCGCUCUGAAAUAAAGAAUCAUUAAUGUUUUUACGC